AUGUAUAGAAAUAUAUUUGCCUCUAUUAUUUUAUGCCUUUUAUUAUUUUUGAGUAGCAAUUGUUAUGGUAAAUCAAAUUUGAGGAAUUAUAUAAAUGGUUUUAAUGAAUUCAUAGAGGAUGAUAAAAAUUCAAAUUUUGAAAUAAAAUUACCUGUUAUUAAUUUCCCCGUAUCUUCCAAUGAUAUAACAAAUGAUUAUAAGAAUGAGGAAAAGGCAUCAAGAGAUAAUUUGUUGAAUAAUGAAGAGAUAGAACCUUCUACAUAUUAUUCAGUAUUACCAUCAUUAUUAAAUGCUGUUUAUUUAUUUUCAUCUAUAUGUUUUAUUCUUUGCUUAACUGGAUUAAAUGCUCAUAGAACAUCUAAAAGAGGUAAUAUACUUGGUUUUAUUGGAAUUGUAGCAGCUAUCAUGAUAACAUUUAGUCAGGUAGGAUUUGGAUUCAGAUAUAAAUUAUUUCUACUAAUUGUUAUUCCAGCUAUAACUAUAGGAAUAUAUAUAGCCCACAAUGUAAGUAUGGUACAAAUGCCACAAUUAGUUGCCUUGUUUCACAGUUUUGUUGGGCUAGCUGCACUUUUUGUAGGAUUUUCAAAAUAUCAUUCUGAAUCUUUUGAAAAUUAUGAAAUUAGUACUAUACAUUUGUUAGAACUUUAUGUAGGUACUUUUAUUGCGUCUAUUGCCUUUAUUGGAUCUUUAGUAGCUGCUGGUAAAUUAAGUGGUAUAUUAGAUAGUAAAUCAUUAAAAUUACAAAUAAAGAAAAUUAUUAAUAUAUUAUGCAUUGUUCUUAUUAUUAUAUUAGGAUAUUAUUUUGUGACAUUAAAAUUAUUAUAUUUAAAAAGUAUAUGUUUAUAUAUUUCAUUAAUUAUUGAUUCUUUUCUUGGGUUUCAUUUAAUAGCAUCAAUCGGUGCUGCUGACAUGCCAGUUAUUAUUAGCGUAUUAAAUUCAUAUUCAGGAUUUGCUACAGCUAUUAGCGGAUUUUUAUUACAUAAUAAUUUAUUAAUAAUUUCAGGGGCACUUAUAGGUUCCUCUGGUGCAAUAUUGUCAUAUAUCAUGUGCAUAGGAAUGAAUAGAGAUAUAUUUAAUAUUAUUUUAGGUGGAUGGGAUGAUUAUGAAAAUAUGGGAGAAUCGAUAUAUGAUCAAAAUUUUAUAGAGAAAAAAAACAAACAAACUAUAAAUUCAACAACAAAUAAAUACGUUGCAGAAAAUUUAAUAAAUGCAAAAAAUAUUAUUAUAGUUCCUGGUUAUGGUACUGCAUUAAGUAAAUGUCAGAGAGAAUUAGCUGAAAUUUGUUCCAUAUUAACAUCAAGAAAUAUUAAUGUUACUUUUGCUAUACAUCCAGUGGCAGGUAGAAUGCCUGGACAUUUAAAUGUUCUGUUAGCAGAAGCUAAUAUACCUUAUAAUAUUGUAAAAGAAAUGAAUGAAAUAAAUCCUAUAAUAUCUGAAGCUGAUAUUGUUCUAGUUGUUGGUGCCAAUGAUAUUGUGAAUCCAUCAUCUUUAGAUCCUUCAAGUAAAAUUUAUGGUAUGCCUGUUAUUGAAGUAUGGAAAAGCAAACAAGUAAUCGUUUUUAAAAGGACACUAAAUACAGGAUAUUCUGCUAUUGAUAAUCCGUUAUUUUAUUUCUCCAAUACAUUUCUUCUUUUUGGUGAUGCGAAACAUACAACUAAUCAAAUUCUAACUAUUCUUAAUGAUUAUGUUAAUAAUAAAUAUCCAGAUAUUUCGGAUCAAGAUAGACAUAUAAAUCAUGACAAAACACAAUUCCGAUACUCAUACUCUCUUACGGAUAGUUCACAUAGUAACGAUGAUUCAACAUCGAAGGAACAAAAUUAUCCUAAACCUAGAAGAGUUAUAGGACUUAUAAAGGAUGACAACGUACAAGGAGGUAACGAUCUAUUGAUUGAACAUAUCCAAUCGAAAGUAGAAAAUGCACCAAAUAUAAAAGAUCAAAAACGUGAUGUUAAUUUAUCUAUUGUCCCCAUAUCUCCAAAAUUUAUACCAAAGUUGAGACUAAUGGGUUUCCGAAUAUUAGUUGAAAGGGAUAUAGGUACCAAUAUAUUAAUGCAAAAUGAUGAAUAUACAAAAUAUGGUGCAGAAGUCGUUUCAAGAAAUGUUAUUUUACAACAAAGCAAUAUCAUAUUGAAAGUUGAUCCACCUACCGUAAAUUUUAUUGAAGAAAUACAAAAUAACACAAUCCUUAUAAGUUAUUUGUGGCCAAGUAUUAAUUAUCAUUUAUUAGAUAAAAUGAUACAAGAUGAAGAAAAGCAUAAUAUUACAUAUCUAGCUAUUGAUGAAGUUCCUCGAUCGACGCGUGCACAAAAAUUAGAUGUUAGGAGUUCCAUGAGUAAUUUACAAGGUUAUAGAGCUGUUUUAGAAGCUUUUUUUAUAUUACCAAGAUUUAGUAAGUCCUCCAUAACCGCCGCAGGAAAAAUUAACCCUGCGAAAGUUUUUGUUAUUGGAGCAGGUGUUGCAGGUUUACAGGCAAUAAUAACUGCAAAAAGUUUAGGAGCUAUUGUAUAUUCCCAUGAUUCCAGAUUAGCAACAGAAGAAGAAGUGAAAAGUUGUGGUGGUAUAUUUAUAAGAAUACCAACAAGUGAAAGAGGAGAUAUUUUAAAUAUGUCUACAGAUAUGAAUAAUGAAGAAUAUAUAAAAGUACAAAGUAAUUUAUUUAAAAAAAUUAUAAAAAAAUGUGAUAUCUUAAUAUGUUCAGCUUCGAUACCAGGUAAAACAUCCCCCAAAUUAGUAACUACAGAAAUGAUUAAGUUAAUGAAACCAGGAAGUGUAGCUGUAGAUUUAUCUACUGAAUUUGGAGAUAAAAAAAACAACUGGGGAGGAAAUAUUGAAUGCUCUCAGUCAAAUGAAAAUAUUUUAAUAAACGGAGUACAUGUUUUAGGAAGGGAUAAAAUAGAAAGAAAUAUGCCAAUGCAAGCUUCUGAUUUAUUUUCUAUGAAUAUGAUAAAUUUAUUGGAAGAAAUGGGUGGAGGAGUACAUUUUAAUAUUGACAUGAAUAAUGAUAUUAUAAAAUCAUUGGUUGUUAUUAAAGAUGGAAAUAUAUUAUAUUCACCUGAUAAAUCUGUAGAAAAAUUAAUAAAGAGUGAAAGUGUAUUUAUAAAUGAAAAAAACCAACUUAUUGAACCAAUAUCGGAACAAAAAAUUAAAUAUCCUACAGGUUUACGAUUAACAGAAAAAUUUAUUGAAUCAGAUACGUUCUUUUAUAUCUCCUUAUUGUUUGUUAUAAUACUUACUUUUCUAGCGGCAACAUAUUUAUCACAAUCAGAUUUGCAAAGUUUAUUUUUGUUUACAUUAUCUACCAUUGUUGGUUAUUAUUGUGUUUGGUCUGUAACACCUGCUUUACACACCCCACUAAUGUCUAUGACAAACGCGUUAUCUGGAGUUAUUAUUAUUGGAAGUAUGAUAGAAUAUGGAAAUGGUUAUAAAGAUUUAAGUUCGAUAUUGUCUAUGCUUGCUACCUUUUUAUCCUCUGUCAAUUUAUCAGGAGGUUUUUACGUAACAAAAAGAAUGCUUGAUAUGUUCUUCAUAUGA